AUGAAGGUAUACAACAUAUAUUCAUUGGAGAAGUAUACAGAAAAGUACCAGUGUUCAGCAAUGAGCUUGUCGUCAACGGUUUCUUUGAAGUUUUAGGGAGAAUUAUUUCCCAGGGUGGACCUGGGUUUACUUACUUGUCACCAACAGUUUACUGGUACUUGGCAACUGGGGACUUGUCCAAAGCAUCUUGUGCUGAUGUUAGCAACAAGGCGUUGCUCACAUGCAUAGAUAAGGUAAACAACCAUAAAUGAAAGGAAUGUUACCCAUCGACCUCUUCUGUGUUGACUGAAUACAUCAGAUGAAUUUUGCUACUGAAUGUUGAAAGAGUACUUUUGCAUUCAGUAAAAAGUUCAUAUUUGAUAAUUAAGAUUACAUUAUUUGUGCUUUGUUUCCUUUACUUGUGUUAAUGUUAUCUUGAAAUAGUUAUUGAUCAUUGUAUUGUUUGAUGUACAUAAAUUGAUCUUUUUGGGAAAAAAACAUGGCAAAAUAUGGAUAGUAGCAAAAUGUCUGUAAUAUUGCUUAUAUACGAUUUUCUCACAUUACACGAUUUUGAAUCUACAGUAUUAUUUUCAUAUUACAGUAUUUCAUGUAGACUUUUAUAAAUUAUGCAAUAGUUCCAUGUUUUGCUGCUUAAAAGUUGUUUUCCAACUUUCCCUGUCCUUUCAGCAAUCCUAAGAAUUUAUUUUUUAAGGAUGACUGCAAAAAUUCCUUUCCCCUUUUCUUGUAGAUAUUAGAUGCAUCUGAUAGGGGGCUAGGUUGUGCAACUAAUGUGUGAGGCUAGGGAAAUCAGAGUUUUUUACUGUAAGUCAUCCUAAGUAUAUCAUAUUAAUGUUAAUGUAAAUCAGAACAAAAAAGAAUUUGUUCCUAAAAUGAUAUUCAUGUAUUCUCACCACCUUUGACAAUAGGUAGAUCUAAAUGUACAUCUCAGUACUAGUUCAAGUGCUUAUCAUACUUUGUUAGAUUUUGGAAAAUCUUCCAACUUACUAUGAAAUUCCUUUACAUUUGCAGCCCGAAAUUAAGCUAGAUGUACUGCAGUAACUAUUGCUUCAUGACAUUCUUGUAAAAAGAAAGUCUAUCCUUGAUCAGUUCAGGAAAGGUCUCUCCACCCUAGGCAUUUUGGCAGAGAUGGAACAUAAUCCAGGAUUAUUUGAAGAAUCUUUUGUAUGUCAGGGUGUACUAACCAUUGAUUUUGUAAUCAGCUGUCUGCACUUUCAAGAUUCAUCUGAUGAGGAUGGAGGGAUGACUGUGUGUACCAAAUGCUAAAGACUUCCAUAACAACUCUAUCUGUAGAUGAUUUGAAGAAGUUUCUUAGGUUUGUCACAGGUGCAUCUGAAGUUUUAAUGUCCACUUUUCCGCAUAGCAUAUCAGCAUAAUUUUAUAGUUGUGACAGUAUUUUCUCAUCAGCAUGUCUUCUCGAGCUCAAUUUCCAAAGUAUUUCCAAAAUUAUCCAGGUUUUGACUUAGCUAUGAGAACUGUUAUCAAUGGUCAUCAUUUACAACAGCCUAAGCAAUGAUUUUGUACUAAAUUGCCUGUAUUUUCAGUAUUCUUGUGACCAGGAUGCACAAGUUUUAUACAAGUCUUGUGGAUUUUGACUAACCUUGAAAGAAAAACAGACAUACAGGUUAUUAGUCAACUUAAUUCCAUACCCCAGUGGCAAUUGUUGAAAAAAAUUUAGGCAAUAAGAAAAAUAAUCAUCCUCAAGUAUGAAAAUACAAAUUGUUAAACUGUUUUGUUUAGAAUAACUUGUAUUUGUAAUUUUCUUGAUAGUUAUCACAGAACUUGUGUUAGACAAACUUAAUGUUCAACAAUGUCAACAAAUACUUUGAGAUUCAAAAUAAAAAUUUGAAAGUUGAAAAAAAGUGACCAGCCAUCUCUUAACUUAAUGAUGUCUUUACAACUAGAUGGCAAGGUAGAGGUUUCUUUCCUCUGAUACCUGUAGUUGGCAAGGGGCACAGCCACAAGUCAACUAUCAGAAGUCAAUGGAUACCAUGAGUGAACCAUCCAACUACUAUUUCAGCCUAACCCAAAUAACAAUCUGUUCAAUGAAAAGUUCAUCAAAAGUGCCUCAUUGAUAUUAUAACCUUGGUCUGUGAUUAUGGACAUUUUAAUUUCAUGCACUUCCAGAAAAGUCUAUCAAAAAAUUGAAAGCCCUUGUGGCCGAUCAGAUUACAAGUUCUCCCAAUAGUUGUUCACAGAGUUAUGCUUUGCAUUAUUGAAAACUAAAGUAUGUCUCAGUUGACUUAUUUCCAAUACUAUUAAUUGCUACUUUUAACAAAAUUUGAACUGCAUUUGUUUCACUUUCACUUGUUUCAUUUGAGAAGCCAAUUUGUAUCGAGGUCCAUAAGACAACUAAGGCAUUUGGAUUUCGUUCACAGUUCAGCUAGGCAUUUGAUUGCAAAAUGUUAAGACAGUCAAUGAAUAGAUCUAUUCCAUAUCUGUUUGAUAGCUGAAGUGGGUUAACAGCUGCUGUAAGAUCCUGUGUGACAUUUCCUGGAAGUUCAAUGUUUACAUCCUCAACCUCAAUUGUGGACAAUCCAUCAUCCAUGGGGGUAGGUACUGAUGGGUCAUAGCCAUACCAUAUAAAAUCAUCAUAAGAUGACUCUUGUCCCCCAAUGUAAGCUGUUCAAUGCUGUACAAUUAACCUCUCAGAUCUCAAAUGGCCCAAAACCAUAGAAGAUCCAACUAAGCAGCCAUGUUCCCUCAGGAAGGUGCUGACUUUGCUGUCCAGUUGACCAUCAGUGAUGUCACUAAAGCGUGGAAGGUGGUUAAGGUCAAACUCUGAUACUCUGCGGUGAAUAUUCCAGCGUGAAACAAGUAACAUACGCGUUAUAUCUUCUCAACUGAAGCCCAGCGAGCGGAGCUCGACCAAUGUUUCUUCCUUUAGGUCAAACUUUGGUCAUCCAGUAUGUCCAUAUUUACUCUAUUUGGUGAACACAAUGCCAAAACGGCCACUUGUGAGCACCUUGUUCUGCUUGGAAAUUGAAACCCACGAUAGCAGUCCCAAAAUAUCACCUGGAAAUUCCUGGUCAUUUCGAGAACUGAUUUCCUAUUAG